GUAGUUGACACAAGGCACGACUCACUGUGGUUCACUCUGCAAACACGCAAUUACAGAUGGAGGAUACAGUAAGUGGCAGGUUUAUCUCGCCAUUGCACCGUUUUAUCUGUGUGAAUGGGGUGAAAUCCGCGGUUUGAAUGUGUAGUUUAAAUAAGAGGAAACAUAAGGAGGGGUGUGACAAAGCGCUGUCACGAGCAGCUGGUCUGCGAUUGGUUUCCUCCCAGGAAAGGGCUUUUCCUCAAUACGUGUUUUGAUUUAAAUGUCGGGCGGGAAAGGAAGACGGUGCUACCUUCACGUGCUACCGAAAUGUUUUUAAAUACGAGUUUUCGACCUAACAGUUGCCCACGAAGCUUUCCAAGACCUUCAUAGCUUUUGAUAACCGAGUUCUGUGACUAAACCUUACUUUUUCCUCAUAGCAGAUGCAAGGGCGGAUCCAUGGUUGAUGGAAUAUGGUGACCAAACGGAUUAGGUCAGAAUAUAUGAAGAAAUUUAAAGAUCCGAAAUGGGAAACGUACGCGAAGUGUUAUGAGGAUUUGGUGAACUACAGACUGUCAAGGCGAAUGUUGGAGCAAACACACAACCCGUGGUUUUGGGAUGAAUGUAAAAGUGACACAGAGUCCAGUGGCAAAUGUACACCUCAGGAGAGAACUGAAGACUACAGGCUGCAGAAGGAGGAAAAUGCAAAAGAGACAGCAGAGACAGUAGUGCACGAAGUGUAUGGUGCAGAAGAGGAGAGAGAACCUGAUAUGAGCCAAGUUAGAGAACAAGUAACGGAAGAUGUCAAAACUCAGGCAAAGGAGGAAGAGAAAGGCACAGUACUGUCCCUCGUUGCCCCUGUCAUCCCAACAGAAAAGUAUCCCUGUGUUCAGAGCAAUACGAAAAGCAAACCAAGACAUUCAUACAAGCCAACCCGAACUAAAUCCAAGCAUCACAUCACCAUAGACGUUGACAAAGAAAGCAGACAUCCUUUUGCUAUGUAUGGCUCAGGAGAGAAACAGGCAGAUAUGGCCUCGAAAAGAACACACAACGUUGGUCCAGCUUCAUCAACCAAGGAGAUCCAUGAGUCAGCACUACGAGCAAAAAACAGACGAGAGGUUGAGAAACAGAUGAAGAGAAUGGACAAGCGAAGAGCAAAAUCAGCUGACUUGGAAAAGUUGAACAAAAGCAAGCUCGUCCCUGAUUAUAACCCUUGGAUGACUGAGUACAUGCGCUGCUUCUCUGCUAGGUCACAGUAAAUCUCUGGGACUGCCAGCAACAUUACUUCCAGUCACAGGUAGAGAUGUGCAUCCAGCUUGCCUGUCUUCCUAAAUGGGCUGCCAUAACGAAAAAUCAAAAUGAUAUUUUUGGUCUGUGCUAUUUAUUUGAUCUUACUUGACCAAUUUUUGCCACCUUUGUUUAAUGGUAUUGAUAAUCAGAGUUGUAACAGAUGUCAGGGACCAGUAAAAUAAUGGAUUUUAUAUGGCAUUUUAAAGACAGUCAGCCACCUCAGCAUUCUCUCAGAGUCUGCCAGUUUAAAAGUAUAUGUUGUAUGUUUUCUUUGCAUUGGUACAGAACCUCAAAUCUGGCUUGUUAGGUGCAGUAAUCUAAAACAGAAGCUUACUGCUAAAGUACAAAACCAAAGCUAAUUUUGGCAUAGUUCAAUAAUUGUAACUUGCAUCAUGAACAUAUCAUGAAUACUGUACUGAAGGUGCAGGCUAGAUUUUAAACUCCAUUUUAGACUCUUCCAAUUUUCUAGGGAUUUCUUGUGUCAGUUUUGAUGGUUUAUAUUUGCCACUUUGCACUGGCAAAUUAGAUGUAAUUAUGAUGUUUAAACUCAAUCCAUUCCAUUGUGUGAUUUAUGGCAUAAAUGUAACUUGUAUUAGGACACAUUCCUACAACGUUUUGAUACGUCUGUUUUUGUAAAAUACUUCCAAAGCAUCCGUCAUGCCAAUUUUACUGUAUAGUUUUAGAAAACAUCUGGUUUAAAUGAAACCAUUAUCUUUUUCUUUUUUCUAACCUGUCAUCAUGUCCCCAGCACUUUUCAAAGUUUACAAAAACUCUACUCAUUAAUCUACAGUGUGUAGCUGAAUGGAAGUGGGCCAAAAGCUGUUAUAAAAUAUCUCUGGUUUACUGCGAAGAUGUAUUAUAUAUUAUUGUUCAGCAUAAAUUACAUAACUCUACAGAUAUUCUGCGUAAUAUCUUUUUCAGGGAGGGUUUGUAGAACUGCAGCUCUGCAGAGUUUUUUCUCCUUGAUUUUAGUGUGUAGUGCUGUGGUCAUAUAUGAUUAAUAAAUAAUGCAAAAAAAUAUAUGAAGAGGGAUUCACUGGAACAUGAUGUUAGAAUAACAUGAAAUGCCAUAACUUGCAGGUAUUACACACCGGGUUUUACUGAUGACUUUUGAAAUGAGCAUCGAACAACGUAACAUUGUCCUGUUCUGGAAAAUAUCAUGCCCAAUGGUGCACCAGUAUGUUACCCUGGUUACUGUAAUGUUAUAACAAUGAAUGUCCUACAAAUCUGCAUACCUUUUAAUAGUGGAUUGGGCCACCACUUAUUCCAGGUUUUGUGAAUAUAAAAAUGACAUUGGUAUUUCUCAAGGAUGCAUUUUUUUCUGUACUGUAAUAGUGAUUUGUUAAGUAGUGACUUGUUAUGGUGAUUAUAAUGAAGCCAUAAUGUUGCUUCUGAACCACAGAAACAGAAAAAUAUACCAAUUAUUUUUUAUGUAAAAAGUUGAGGAAUCUGGCUCAAAGGGUGCAUAGAUAUGACUUUAGGGUUUGUGGUUUUGGCUGUAUGUGAACAUGCAGUAGUGUAUUUGAACAGUGACAGCAAUGGGAUUUUGAGUCCCUCAUUGCAGAUUCGUGGGGACUCAUUUUUUAACUCCCAGCUUUGGUGUUCAUAUCAUUAUUACUUGAAAAGUUUAUAGUUGUGAGUGUUGCUUAAGUCAAUGCUACCAUGAUGUGUUUCUAAAAUGUAUUAAUAAAACUUUGUUUUAUCACAAUGUGUUUAUG